AUGACGUCGAAAGGAGAUGGAAUAGAUUUUCGUUGUGGAGGUACCCUAAUAAAUGCCAGAUAUAUACUCACCGCAGCACAUUGUAUUAUAAAUACUAUGUCUAUAAUUGGAGUUAGGCUAGGAGAAUACGAUUUACGAAACACGGAGGACUGCGAAGAAGGAUACUGCGCUCCAAAAGUGCAAGAUUUCCGAGCGGAAAAGAUGAUGAUUCAUCCGAACUAUAACAAACGGACAUACACAAAUGAUAUAGCGUUGAUAAGGCUAGACUAUAAUGCAAAUUUUAGUUAUUCCAAUAUUAAACCGAUAUGUCUUCCGGUGAGCGAAAUUAAUGACGACCUAACGGGAAAAUCGGCUAUCGUCUCCGGAUGGGGUGCUACGGAAAAAGGUUACAAAAGCCCCAUACUUCUCAAAGUAUCAGUACCCGUGUUGACACUGUCUGUUUGUCAUAAAGUGUACCAACAGUUUGCUCCAAUUACGGAUCAGCAAAUAUGUGCCGGUGGAUACAAUGGUAGAGACUCAUGUGGAGGAGACAGCGGUGGACCGAUGAAGUAUGUCGGACUUGUUGACGGCUCGCCUAGAUACAUACAGUACGGAAUUGUAUCAUUUGGCCCGAGACAAUGCGGUGCCGAUGGGCAACCGGCCAAUAUUAAACCGAUAUGUCUUCCGGUGAGCGAAAUUAAUGACGACCUAACGGGAAAAUCGGCUAUCGUCUCCGGAUGGGGUGCUACGGAAAAAGGUUACAAAAGCCCAAUACUUCUCAAAGUAUCAGUACCCGUGUUGUCACUGUCUGUUUGCCAUAAAGUGUACCAACAGUUUGCUCCAAUUACGGAUCAGCAAAUAUGUGCCGGUGGAUACAAUGGUAGAGACUCAUGUGGAGGAGACAGCGGUGGACCGAUGAAGUAUGUCGGACUUGUUGACGGCUCGCCUAGAUACAUACAGUACGGAAUUGUAUCAUUUGGCCCGAGACAAUGCGGUGCCGAUGGGCAACCGGGUAUUUAUACCAGGGUUGGGAGUUAUAUCCAAUGGAUUUUGGAUAACAUGGAAGAAUGA